CUUUGGAUGAUUCCCAUUGUUGUCCAACAAGCUGUAGGUGGGAUAUACCAAAUUGAGUGCCUCUCAACUUGACUGAAAGUGUGCCUUUGGGCUUAAACUGUCCCCGAUUUAAGACGUUUCACCAGGUAUAUCAGUCAUUUAUUAUAACCAUCCCCAGCAUUGGAUAUGUGACCAAACAGACUCGUGAUAGAACCAAACGAAUUGAUUUAAUAAGUUUCCUAAGAUUGCUGUCAUACGGUCUGCAUUAAGCCCCCUUUACACUGGACAGCGUCCUUUCUGCGUCCUGUAGUACAGCUCCGAUUGAGAAUCAAAAAAUAUACUUUACAUGCUGACAACUGGUUGAACAUUGAGCAUCCAUUCUGCAUCCAAAUCAAUGCUUGUGCGCACUUUCUAUGAUCACAUGAUCACAGCGAUGCCAGUUUCAUGGUCGCUCAAAGGACACAGAAAGGACGUCGUCCAGUGUAAAGUGGGUUUUACUAGAACAGACCGCUAUAUUGUGCCUAUAGUUUGAGUGUGAACGUGUCUACAUUUUGGCCCUCCUGAUUGUGUCAUUGUUAUCUUCACUAACUUAUCAGUCCAUGAUUAGUAACAUGUAUAUAAUACUGAUCAGCCUUUACAUAACAUGUUGCUGAAUGUACCAUAAACCACAAAACAAAUGUCAAACCGACUGUAAUGUUUUAAUAUCAGACCCAAAAUGUAUCCACCUAUAUUUAAAAAUUAAAAUUUUCUUGCCUUCAUAUUGCCCUUGAAAGAAAUUGUAGUAAAGUUAAAAUGAAAAUAAGAAAACCAUCAUUAGAAAAAAGCAUUGCUUGUGUGCAAUAUUAAUAUAAAUGGUUGAAGAAACUAAGGCUGUUGAGAUAUUUUCCAUUUUACUGCCAAGGUGAGUAAAAGGGAUAACAACUCUUCAUUUUGGUGGUAAAAGUGCCAUAACACCAAUUUUCCUGGGGUAAAUGACUGAGUUUCCACUCUUACCAAAGGUUCAUGAAUUCUUUCUCACAUUCAAAGUUAGUCAAUUGGUUUGUUUUUUGGUAAAAAUCUCUUAAGAGAGUCAAGAAAUUUCUCAUCCCCAUUUUGCCCAAAAUCCAGUCUUACUUCAACUUGUGUGAACAUGCCUGGACAAUUUUACAGCUGAUUUAUUUGAAGUAAUGUAAAGCUUUUAUCAGGUCAGCUAUCAGUAUCUAUUAACUCAGUAGUAACUUUUUAUCACGUUGACCAUUAAAACUGAGGAAUGUUUUGAAUCUCAUUUCUAAUGGACAUUGGUCACAGUGGUUAAGUGAAUGAAAAGUUAAGAUUUAUGAAAUAUAUUAUGUAUAUGAGUAACUGUUCACUUUGGAUGAUUUGAUAAGGAAUUGUCCAGCAACAGUUCCUGACAUGGAGGAGGACUGGGACAGUGAGUUGUCAGAGGCCUACACAUGUACUACAAGUUCAGAAAACGAUAUUAAAGAGCGAGAAAUGUCACUGGUAGGAGAGAUGGGAUCAGACACACCCACAAACUCCAACAGAACCCCCUGCUGUGAUGAGCGGAGAGAUUCUAUCCAAUCAAAUGAGUUUUCCCUUGGCAGCAGUGCCACCUACAGUUCAUAUGACAUGGAGGAUGAUGAUGGGAUAGUUGUCCACCAGUCAAAGGGAAUAGUGGCAGUAAUAGGGGGAAUGUUGGUGCACUUGGUGGUUGGUGCAGUGUUUUUGUUUGGAAAUGUUACAACCUACAUGACCUCAUAUAUGAGAAGCUUAAACAAAAUAUGCCUUGAAUCAGGAGAAGAUUUUGAUGAUUUUGACUGUUUCACCUACGAGAAAGCUUCGUGGAUAUAUGGCCUCCAGUGGGUCAGCAUGGGUGUCGCCAUGUUUAUAGGUGCAAAGCUGGAGUACAGGUUUGGACCAAGAAUAACAACUUUUCUGGGGGGUUUCUUGUUAUGUCUAGGAGUGUCCAUGUCCUACUUCACUAUCCAAGAUGUUGAUCACGGGUACCUGUACACUUUGCUGUCAUUUGGUUUGGUGUAUGGGUUUGGCAUUGGUAUCUGUUAUCUGCCUCCUAUAGUCUGUGCUAUGAAAGUAAGUAUGAUAUAUGUGUAUGGGUUUGGCCAUGGUAUCUGUUAUCUGCCUCCUAUAGUCUGUGCUAUGAAAUGGUUUCCAGGCAGGAAGAGCACCGUGAUAGUUUUUAUCAUUGUCGCCACUGGUUUGGGGAAAUCUGUCUUCCAAAGUUUAUUGACUGUGUAUGCAAACCCAAACAACAUCGCUCCGGUGGCUAUUAGAGACUCUGAUGAUCCUGUUGGAUAUCCAGACAAAUAUUUUGUGGAUGACAAGGUGUUAGAAAGAGUUCCGAGUAUCUUCCAGUGUCUUGGCAUCACCUACGCUAUUCUGUUGACUUUUGGUACUUUUCUAUUGUUCAGUAGAGAAGACAAUGCAAUACAGGAAUAUUUAGAUGUGGCAGCUGUAGUGAUAUUAUCAGGCAAUAGUAAUUACAAGAAAAGAAGCCCCAGUUGUAUGGAGGACAGCCUGAUGCCAGGGCACAGGACAGGAAGAAUUCUAGCAGAUGGUUCAAGAAUUCCUCUAGAGGAGCCCAACACAAAGCCCCUAGAAGUUCUCAGAAAAAAGGAGUUUUAUGUCUUAUGGCUGAUGUUCAUGUGUAACACUCAAGCACUCUUCUUCAUUACUAGUAUUUUCAAAAUAUAUGGACAGAGUCCAGACUUUGACAUGUCUGACCACUUUCUGGCUGCAGUGGGAUCCGUGUCGCAUGUUUGCUUUGCUGCAGGAAAAGUGGUUCUUGGUUGCAUUGCUAGCAAGGUUGGGAUUAGGCUGACAUUAAUUUCCCAAAGUGCCUGCAUGGUCUUUCUGCUGUCAACAUUUGAGUUGUCCAGAUAUUUUAACAGUGGCAUAUUGUUUGCUGUGUGGGACUGCCUCCUCCAUGCUGUAUAUAGUGGCAAUUAUGUUCUCUACCCUGUGGUCAUUGCUAAUAUGUAUGGCUUGAAGUAUGCAGCAUGUAACUACGGGAUGUUGUUCACUUCUCAGGCCAUCACUGGAGCCACAGCGGCGCUACUGUCAGCACAGUUAUACAAGUGGUCGGGAUAUGCCUUCGCCUCUGAUAUUGUGGCAGGGUUCUCUUGUAUAGGUAUGAUGCUUGCAUUUGUCUUUAAUGGCAAAACUUGGGAUGGAAAGACUGUCUGAGGAUGAGGACAAACCGUCUCUAGGACACUUGUUAGGGGCGGACACUGGCUUCAACAGCAGCUAAAAUGGUUCAGUUGAAAUUUAUAACCAUAUCACACUUUUUAAGGAGAUUAUUCCUGACCAGCUACUGAGUUUAUAGCAUUGUUACUAAAAGCUGACCUACCAAGCAUACACAGAAAUGAACUGUAUCAUUUCAAGUAAAAAAUUAUGUUCACGGGAGCAUUUUGUGUGAGGUAAAUCAUAAUUGUUCAUAAGAAAGUUUCCAGCCCAGCAAUACCCCACGUUUGGUCAGCUGCUUCACACUCUGUCAGAUGGAAUACUGCUGGACUGGUGACUGGGACCGUACCAUGGCACUGUAUUAUUAUUACAGUGUUUGUUUCGCUUUAACCUAUAUGAAUGAACUUCAUACUUGCCAGGCCAUG